AUGGCACCCAAACCCGCGCAGGCCUCGCUCGCAGGCCAACGAGCGAUCAAGCACCUCGUCGUCGACACCGGAGCACUCAUCGCCGCACCCGUCUCGUCCCUCCGAAACACCGCGACCCACUACCUCGUCACGCCCGAUGUCGUCGCAGAGUUGAGGGACAAGCGCGGGAGGAACGUGAUUGACGAGGCCAGGCUGCAGUUGCCUGCAGACACGGUCGACGAGGGAAAGGAGCGCGACGAGCUCUUCCGCGAGAAUGAGGGGUUCGAGGUGCGCGAACCGACUGCAGAGGCUGUCGCAAAGAUCACCGCCUUCGCCCGCAAGACAGGCGACCUAUCCGUCCUCUCCUCCGCCGACAUCCGCGUUCUCGCCCUCUGCCUCACGCUCGAACUCGAGGAGAACGGAACGUGGAGGGUCAGGGAUCAUCCGGGUCAGGUAUUGACGGGGCCGCCGAAGGAGGAGAAGGAGGGAAAGGGGAAGGGGAAGGAGGAGGGCGAGGGGGAGGAGGCGGAGCGGUUGGCGGAAAGGGUGGAGAAGCUCGAGGUUGCUGAUGGUGAGGCGAAGAAGGAGGACGAGCAGGCACCCGAGUCGUCUUCCUCCGCCGAACCCGCCGCGUCUUCCUCCUCGACCGCCUCCUCCACACCCUCCACGUCCUCUCCCGCCCACGACUCGUCUUCUGCCGCUGGCGCUUCGACUUCCACCGCCGAGACGCCAGCCGCGAACGCCGACGACGACGCCGACGCCGUCUCAGACGCCGAAUCCGACUCGUCCGCCGGGUCCUGGAUCACGCCCGACAACGUCUACUCUCACAAAGUCCGGGACCUCGGUCUCUUCGAAGCUCCCUCCACCAGCUCUUCCUCCUCCAACGCAGCGGCGCGACCGAAAACCAUCAUGAAAGCCGCCGUUCUGACGGGCGAUUUCGCGAUGCAGAAUGUUGCGUUGCAGAUGGGCUUGAAUGUCCUGGGGAGUGGGGGGAAGAGGGUGAGGGAGGUCAGGACUUGGGUGUUGAGGUGUCAUGCUUGCUUCAAGCUCUGCAAGAACCCCGACAAGCGAUUCUGCCCCUCCUGCGGCGGCGCCACUCUCCUCCGCACCUCAAUCACCUACGUCCCCGUGACGCCCCAACACCCACUCGGCUACAUCCUGCACCUCAAAUCGAACUACAACUACCGUCUACGCGGGACUCAGUACUCGCUUCCCAAUCCCAAGAUGGGUAAAGCCGGAGGCGGGCCCAAUGCAGAGAUUGUGGUGCGCGAGGAUCAGAAGGAGUGGAUCCGGGGAGUUCGAAGCGCGGAGGUGAGGAGGGAGAAGGAGCAGAAGGCGCUGAGGAGGGCGUUGUUGGAUGAUGAGCGACGGGGAGGAUCAGGUGCGCAGGCGGGCUCGGCGGGGUGGUUUGCCGAGGCUGGGUCGUUGGAGGCGCAGAUGAUGGGGAUUGGAGGCGGGAAGGGGGGAAUCGAGAAUCCCACGGGACGGAAGAGGGGCGGGAAGGCCGGACAGAGCGGAGAGGUCAGACUUGACAAGAGCGGGUUGCCUAUCAUUGGCAUGGGACGGAGGAACCCGAACGAGGCGAGACGGAGGAAGUAG